AUGCAUGCGCCUAUAUUGUUCAGCAGCCUGGCAGAGGAGGAGUACUUGGCGUGGUUGAGGGCAAUGACACGGACGUCCUUUUCAUCAGCAGUCAGGCGACGACCACUACGACCACCAGCACGACAACAGCUACGUCUAUUGAAACCACCACCAGCGUGGCUUGGACGUCAAGUACAGUUGUGA